AUGUAUCGUUCUCUCCUCCUCGUCUUCUCAGCAUGCAUUCUCAGCUCUGUCGCUCAAAAGGGAAUCCUCGAUGUCGGCAAAGAUAUCCAGAAAAUCGUCGAUGAACUCUCAACCGAUUAUGGGGUGGUUGUGACGAACAAUUGCUCGAAUUCGAUUUAUCUGAAAUGUGCCUCGGCCGAUGAUGCGAUUACAGGCGAUGGAUCAGAUGAUGACGACUGGUGGACACUUGACAGCGGAGAUACUCUCAGCUGGGGAUUCAAGGACAACGAGCAGGGGACAACGUGUUUCUGGUGUUACGCUAACAAUAACGGUCAAGAUGCACGCGAUUCGGGCAAUUGGUACAUUCAUCAGAAUGUUUGGGGACACGGAAACACCGGCUGCGACGGAGCGCCGGGAAAUAACGGAGGUGUCGAUGAUAACGGGCUGACGGAAUGGGAAGUGCGUGACGAUGGAAUGUAUUCGAAUAUGUGUGGCGAGUGUCAAGAUGGAAGCGUUUUCGAGAAAUACUCUGAUUGGGGGCCAUCGCCA